GGGCGGGGAGGCGCUGGGGGACACAAAAAACAGUAUCCUGUGCAAAAGUAUCGCACGUAGCAUAAAUUGCAUUACAAAUUAGGUUAGCCUAACAGAUGGACUCUGUAAUGCUGUUUUUGCUAAGGAAGGCGAUUUGUCAUGCAUAUUUGCCAUUAGUUCGAGUGCGAUACUUUUGCAACUGAUAAACACGACGGGCUGCCAAUUUCGAACUUCCACGACACGCGCGAGGAUUUAUAGCACAAGAAACUACAACUCCGGCUGCUUCAUUCGCAUGUGGAGAUACUGACCCUAAUUUGUGCUGGGAGGACGCGGUCCUCUAUAUAUCCUCUAUAUGGAGUUUUUGGUGUACAUCAUCACACAUGGAAGUACCCUCUUCACCAUACUGUAGUACCCAAAGAAGUUCAAAGCCUUCUCGUUCUUCUUCCAAGUAACUCUUUUUCCUACAAUUCUUUCGCUACUACUUUUCGCACGGCGAGGCCGAGGGCUAUCUUCCUCUGAUCUGCGCCGCGAUAGUUGGUACUGUGCAAAAAAUCCCCCACAGCAAAAAAUCAAUCUGAUGAAUUCGACGCAUUUUGAUAUUUACCUCACGGCACGACCGGAAGCUGUUGGCAUUGUCUGUCUUCUUUAUUCAUGUAUUAAGUCUCACCCGAAACCGAAUUGAUGAUUUAUCAACCUAGUAAGCUCACCUCAAGCUGUACUAGGCCGUGCUGUUGUUGCCCGAGGACCCACGUCUUUCGCAGCUUGGGUAGACGAUUCACGUCCAGCACAUCAGCAGGUAUCAAAUGUAAAAAUGUCUGGGUCUGGAAGAUUCUGAGACUUGUCAUGCAUGUUUUGCAUGACCAAGGAUGUCUGUAAUGCACGACCUAGCAUCCCAGAUUUUUAGAGGGCUUCCUGAUGCCUACUCCGCAUGACAAACGCCCUUCCCGCUUAGCACAAAUCAGACUCCUCUUGCUGGUCAUGCAAUACAGAUUUUUUUUACCUUCCAAAGACAGCAUCACAAGUUGCAACCUUCCAGACCCAGACACUUUUACAUUUGAUAGCAGGCGCCAGCUACUUAGACUUACCGAGUUUCACUUCUAGUACACGUAAACGCAAUUUCAAAGAAAAUUCGCUUCCCACUGUGGUCCCUGUCGGGUGCAGCAGCAUGGGACUACUUAAGCACUUAGAUGCGGUUCUACUCCUCGCAUCGUCUUGGAAUUUAUUUCCUUCUUUCGGAAAUGAACUGAUGAUCAUGAAUUUCCUACCUGUAGUUAUGCUGUAGUUGUGGAAAGAAAUCAAAAUUCGAAAAUCAAAAUGUGGUCUUACCGUUGGACGAGCAAAAAUGUUGUACCAAAAACUGAUACUGACAAAUGAAUUUUUACAACAUGUAUCAAAACGGAACUAGUACAACGACCCAUCUUCUCAAUUCAGAGUCAUGAAGCGAAACAACCAAGGAAGGUAGUAGCUUCAUCGCUGCGGCGGCUGCUCUACUAUUUCUUGUACUCGACUCAGGUGAUUUCUGAUAUUUCUGGUCUGCUAUAGUGCCAAGGAGAAUGAAGGACUGUCUCGCGGUCCUAUGGUCUGGUCGUGAUGUAGUUCUGUUGCGACGCCGCGAUGGAUCGAAGUCACGCUCUUUUUCGAGUGGAG